CAAUAGGGCUGUUUCUUGAUCAUUCUUUACAUUUCUUCAUAUUUUUGUUUCCGUAAGUUCGAAGUUGUAGUCUCUUCAAUAAAGGUCUACAGGUUCCUCCUUUCAAAUGCGCCUUAUACUCCUGACAUUGUAUUUGCUCCACAUUGGAGUGUCGUUGGAUGAGAAACCUGGUUUUAGGGUCCAAGUCAGUCAGAAAGGAAUCGAUUACGUUCGGGAUGUGCUGCUUCCUUUGGCAACUGACGCGAUUAAAACAGCGAAAAUAUCCGACACGGAAAAUAGAGUAGAUAGUCCAAUCGGACACAUUACCUUUAAAGUUUACAACGCAAAAGUAACUGAAGUUGACAUUUCUCAAACGUCUGUGAAGCUAGGAAGUCCUUCAGAUGUCGUGGCUACAAUCCAAAAUGCAGUUUUAGCUGUUAAUGCUGAUUGGCACUACAGGAAGGAUCAUUGGCCCAACCUAAGCGACCACGGCAGGGUCGAGAUCACAGCUUCUAAGAUAUCCAUUAACCUGGAUUUACGAAUUGGAACUACUGAUAAAGGAGAACCUCACGUGACCUCUGAAAGUUGUACGUUUGAUGUUGGCAAUGUUGACGUCACGUUCCACGGUGGCUGGAGUUGGCUUUACAACUUGUUCAGUGAGACUCUCUCUGAUUCUCUCAAGGAAGGUAUUCAGGGUCAGACCUAUAAAGGUUUGUUUCAGGUGUGCCCGUUGAUUACAGAUGAGGUCAACAACGAUCUGAACAGUAUAUUGGACACUUUAGAACUCCAGUCAGAUAUAGAUGAGAACUGUUAUAUCGACUAUUCUCUUAUACAACCACCGUUUGUCACCAAAGAGGCCCUUUUUGUCGAUGGAAAAGGAGAAAUAUUCGAUAAAUCCGACCCAAAAGAGUGUCCGUCCCCUAAACAAGACAUGCCUGAAACAGUGGACAGUGAGAGGAUGGUCACACUUUGGAUAACUGAGUACAUGUUGAACACUGCUGGAUACGCUUACCAGACCGCUGGCUUCCUCCAGUACAACCUCACCAGCGAUGAUAUUCCUAGUGACAACCCCAUCAAGUUUAAGUUGACAACUGAAUUUUUCAAAUUCUUCGUUCCUGAUCUCAACAAGGCUUACCCUGACAAAAAUCUUACCCUCUGGAUCUACGCUACAAAACCAGUCCUUUUCAAUGUCAACAAAGCGGGAGUGAGUGGUAGAGCAGAGGGAACAAUAACUUGGCUGGUCCAUGUUAACGAUACUUUAGUUCCUGCCUUUACCCUGGACGCUCAACUUGAUCUUUGUGUUAAUCUCAGUGUGCAACUUGGCGGUAAAUCUGACUUAUACCUUGAUCUCAUCACUGUCGAGCCGUUCAUACAGCUAAGGAGUUCAAACAUUGGAAACUUCUCAAUAAGUACGCUCCAAACAUUCCUCAAAUUCUCUCGAGGGAUCAUUAAAGACUUUGCAAAUAGCAAUCUCAAGCACGGAAUCCCACUUCCUGCAAUCGAUCACGUUAAUUUCUCAGGAUUUGACUUUCAACUCGAUGACGGCUACAUACGGAUUCACAGCGACAUAGAAUAUGACCCUGAUGAUAAGGUAUCGGCUGAAAGAGAGCACCAUACACUGUUCGAGGAUGGUUUUAAGUGUGAGAUGAAAAACAAAGAAAGUUGGAAGGAGAUUGAUGAUAUGAUAGGUUCUGAUUUCUUAAAAGAAAUGUUGGCUUAGUUGAACAUACUGGUGAACAAAUAUAGAUUACAGAUACGUUUUAUAGUUCACGCAUGAUUUGAUUGGUUAUGGGCUUUUCUUGGCCAAUUUUUAUGCUCUAUGUGGUGAAAGGAGUGGCAACCAAUUUUUUUGUCUUAUCUAGGAGUUGAAUUCAUAUUUUAAUUUAUAACCAGCCGAUUGAUGCAUUAAAUAUUGUUUAUAAAUAUUAGGCAUACGCAUUUUUAGACAUUUUUGACUUUUUAACUUUUUUUCGAGGAAUUAUUUGAUUAUUUGAUCAUCAUUACCAAAUAAAAUUAAAUAAUGACUAAUGAUUGCUUAUUACAAGAUUCUUAUAAUUUUCCUUUGAACUUUGAUUGAAUAACCAUAUCAAUGAUUUUGGUUUAGUAUGCA